GUGGCACUGCACUUGGGCCGAUGGAGCUGCGCCGUUCCUAGGAAACGGGGGGAGCAGCGAGCCUGCGGGGGAGGGGGAGCAAGUGGGUUGCUGCUUUUAGCAGCUGAAGGGCUGCAGGGAGCUCUGGGUAAGACAUUUUCUGCUGCUGCCGCUUCUGCGGUAGAAGCUGCUGGGAGUAAGUCAGAGGAAGGAGGAUCGAGAGGGAGGAGGCUUCAUUUGCAGCCAUGCUGAAUCACUGUUGCUGAUCAGAUCUCCUGUUGGUUGUCCGGGAGAACUGAGAACAGAGCUAGGAGCUCCGGGUGCAUGCACAGUUCAGCGGCUGCCACCCCUGCUGGGCCUCGCACAAUGGAGGGUGAAAGCCUCAAGCUGGGCUCCCAGCCCCCGGUUCAGGCUGGGGAUGAUGAGAAGAACCAGAGGAUCAUCACUGUCAACUCUGCCCACAUGGGGAAGGCGUUCAAGUAAACAGCUGUUGUGUGACGUGAUGAUUGUGGCAGAAGAUGUCGAGAUAGAAGCCCACCGAGUGGUCCUGGCAGCCUGCAGCCCCUACUUCUGUGCGAUGUUCACAGGUGACAUGUCUGAGAGUAAAGCCAAGAAGAUAGAAAUCAAGGACGUGGAUGGGAGGACACUGAAUAAGCUGAUUGACUACAUCUACACGGCAGAAAUCGAGGUGACUGAAGAGAACGUCCAGGUGCUGCUCCCAGCAGCCAGCUUGCUGCAGCUCAUGGACGUUCGGCAGAACUGCUGUGAUUUCCUGCAGUCUCAGUUGCAUCCCACCAAUUGCUUGGGCAUCCGCGCGUUUGCCGAUGUGCACACCUGCACUGACCUUCUGCAGCAGGCCAACGCCUACGCAGAGCAGCACUUUCCAGAGGUGAUGCUGGGGGAAGAAUUUCUUAGCCUCAGUCUGGACCAGGUAUGCAGCUUGAUAUCCAGUGACAAGCUGACCGUUUCUUCAGAGGAGAAGGUAUUUGAAGCGGUGAUUUCAUGGAUCAAUUAUGAGAAGGAAACCCGUUUAGAGCACAUGGCAAAACUGAUGGAACACGUCCGUCUCCCUCUCUUACCUAGGGAUUACCUGGUCCAGACGGUUGAAGAAGAAGCUUUAAUAAAGAAUAACAACACCUGUAAGGACUUCCUCAUCGAGGCCAUGAAAUACCACCUGCUCCCUCUGGAUCAGAGGCUUUUGAUUAAGAACCCAAGGACCAAGCCCAGGACUCCAGUCAGCCUGCCCAAGGUCAUGAUUGUGGUUGGUGGCCAGGCACCCAAGGCGAUCCGCAGCGUGGAAUGCUAUGAUUUUGAAGAGGACCGGUGGGACCAGAUAGCUGAGCUUCCCUCCAGGAGAUGCAGAGCAGGUGUGGUGUUCAUGGCCGGUCACGUGUAUGCUGUGGGCGGAUUUAACGGCUCACUGCGUGUGCGGACGGUGGAUGUGUAUGAUGGUGUGAAGGACCAGUGGACGUCCAUCGCCAGCAUGCAGGAGCGCCGGAGCACUCUAGGCGCGGCCGUGCUCAAUGACCUGCUCUAUGCCGUGGGGGGCUUUGAUGGCAGUACUGGCCUAGCAUCGGUGGAAGCCUACAGCUACAAGACCAAUGAGUGGUUCUUCGUGGCCCCAAUGAACACGCGGCGGAGCAGCGUGGGUGUAGGUGUCGUGGAGGGGAAGCUAUAUGCUGUCGGGGGUUAUGAUGGGGCUUCCCGCCAGUGCCUGAGCACCGUGGAGCAGUACAACCCGGCAACCAAUGAGUGGACAUAUGUGGCGGACAUGAGCACCCGCCGCAGUGGCGCAGGGGUCGGCGUCCUCAGUGGACAGCUGUAUGCCACAGGUGGGCAUGAUGGACCCCUGGUGAGGAAAAGCGUUGAAGUUUACGAUCCCGGAACAAACACCUGGAAGCAGGUGGCAGACAUGAACAUGUGCAGGCGCAACGCAGGGGUGUGUGCAGUGAAUGGGCUCCUGUAUGUGGUCGGAGGGGACGAUGGAUCCUGCAACUUGGCUUCGGUGGAGUACUACAAUCCUGUCACCGACAAGUGGACGCUGCUGCCAACCAACAUGAGCACGGGGCGGAGCUACGCAGGUGUUGCUGUGAUUCACAAACCAUUGUGACCCCAACUCCCACUGCCAGGAGGUGCGGGAGGGGAGGGGUGCUGCCUGUGACUGAGAACGGCAGUGCCAUGACUGCUGGGGGACCACUUGUUGCGAGGGUCUGCAGUGGAGCCUGAAAUGCCCCCUCCCAUGUGGCGAUGUGGCAAAGUGCGUCCGGCAUGAAGUCUGGUGACCUGCUUCCUCCCUGAGCAGUGGGUUCCUGACAGCUCCAGCACCUUUGGGCUUUUUUUGUGUGUUUCUAUAGGAAUACAUGAGAACCUGGAGUGUGUGUGUGUGUGUGUGUGUGUGUGUGUGUGUGUGUGUGUAUGUGUGUGUACAACAUGGUGUUUCACUAAGUUGGGGGAUGUGUGACAAUCUACUGGAUUUCUUUACUACUGAUCCUUCUAUGCUAAAAAUCAAAUCACAGAAACCUCUCUUCUGGAUUUGCCCUGUGGGAACCCUGAGAUGACUAAAGCUGCUGUCUUCUGGAGGCCAGGAAUGUCCAAAAGCAACUGGUGAGAAAGGCAUUGCCCUGACCAUGCCCACAUACUGGCUUUGACUACUGGCACUGCCUCCAGAAGAGCUGGGCAUUCUUGAAUGUGCACCAUGUCCUCUGUGUGCUAGAACUGGGAACAUAUGGGUUCCCCAGCCCCUCUCUGGGCUCUCCUCCAGGAAGCAGGUGACAACUGCCUAAUCCUUGGGCCACUGGUCUCUGAUUCAGGUUAGGGAAAGUUUGUGUCUCUUCAGCUGGGAAAACCAGCUCUUCAGAGAAGCCCUGAGUGACACACUGGAGAAAAAAAAAAAUCUCUAUAUACAUGAAAAACAAAAACAAAAAAACAAACCAAAGUGGUAAGGUAGUUCCUGCCCAAAAUGGUUUCAGAGUGGAUCCUACUUCUGAGCUUUCCUGUGAUAGGGCAGUCCCCCAUGUAUACUUGUUCUCUAGGCUUAAUUUUUCACAGCAUCUCCUUUUACUCUCAGAAGUAUUCUGGUUUGGAGGAUAAAUAAAGGGUCACCCUACCUCCAAACCCAAAGAUAGUUUUGCCCCUACUUUGGGUGGGGUUACAUGUGAUUUACAUGGACACGGAUGACUUCAAAGGAGAAUAUAGCAGCUGGGGCUGGCCCUCAGGACUUGAUGGCAGUGGUCAGGUCUGUCCAAUGUCCUCAUCUUUCUUUUCUUAUGCUUUCCUCCUGUUCCAAGGCCUAUACCCCUUCUCCAUCCUUCAGAAUCCUCACCUCCUCAUUGUUUUCCUGAGAGGGAAGAGAUGGUGGUAAAUGCCCCAGAUGAGUGAUCUCUCUCAGUGAUAUUUACAUUUUAAAAGAGGAGCUUGAUAAGAGAUUUGCUAAUUCACAGGAAAAAUUAAUAGCAGAACUUCAAGCAUCUGGAGAGGGCAGGUAUUUGAGGGCACAUGGAAUCAUUUUCAUUAAAAAAAACAAAGAAACAUAAAGCCUUUCCUAAAGGAGCAAGUCAUUUCUAUUGGCAUAAGGAGGGAAGGCCUUGUGUCUGGAGAGUUGCCUCACACUGCGGGGGCUGGAGUUCAACCCUCUCUGAUUUUGGGGUCCACUUACAGGAACUAAGGGGCUUUAUGAAAACUGAUGUUAGACUUCUGGUAGAACUGGGCUAUUUCCAAGCAGAUGCUGCAGGAGACUGGCAUCUCCCCAGCUUACCCCUGCAGUUAGAAAGCCACUAGCCUCCCUAGCUGGUUGGCUGCUUUGGGUAUUUACUGUAUAUUUUUUUGUGCACUAAACAUUCAACUCUCCUGAAGAAGAAAUAUCUUCUGAUGUUGAGCAGAUGUUAUUUCAGUGAGACAUUUGGAGAGCAGCACCAAGGCAUCCGGAAUUUUUAGCGGCUUCAGGAAGAGGCUAAAAUACCCAGCUUUGUUGGGCCUGGAGGAAAUGCCUCUAAAGGAAUCAAAGCAUCUCUUCAGUUGGGUGCUGUGUUCUCAGCUGGCCCUGCAGAUGACUGUGGUUUCAGAGCGCUGCCUGGUUCUGGCUUGGAAGCUGAUGGAAUGAGCGUUUUGUUGCAAAUAUUCUUCCUCUCUGUUGGAGGAAGGUUUGGGACUUUGUUUUGGUGUGUGGCCGGGAUGGGGUUGGGUGUUGGGAUCCGAUAUGUGCUAUUCACAUCGCUUCUGAUUUCAGAUUAAAGGUCAACUUCCCACCCCGUUUCCCAAUACCCGGGAGCUGGACUUCCGUGCUUUUGUGGGGGAUGUUAUGUUUUUCAUCUUCCCUGAGAGCUAGUUUUCUCCCUGUUUUCUGCUUUUGGAGUUUUGCUAUUGGUUCCACCUCCUGCCUCCCUUCCCAGAAGCACUGCUCCCUGCUGGUAGUAGGACUGAGGCCAUGUUCAUUUCAUCGUCUCGUGUCCUUUCUCACAGGGACUAGAACGCUGGUACGUCACCACCAGCCAGGCUGCUCUGGCUGCACACAGAUGCCAUUUAAAACCUGCUGUCUCUUUAUCACCAGGUACGAUUCUCUCUCUGUAGUGGACACAACAGACUUGUUUUCAAGUCUAUGCGAAUCCUUCACCCCCGCAUUGGGGUGGUGGCCAACUGCUUGUGAAUUCAGCUUUGCCGCUGGUGUAUCUGAAAGCUGAUCACAGUAAUGAAAUGGAAUUGGCGGCCCAAGGUUAGAAGCACCUUAGACGCCACUGGGAUACUGAUUUGGACAACAUGGAAGUCAGACUCUGAAUUCCAAAGUUCUUUCUCUUAAGUACCUAAUGGCAUCUCUUCCUUCUAAAAAGUUGCAGUAUUAUGCAAAUGACAGUGACCUCAUUUUCUGCUAUGCAAUAAGAAUACUUAAUUCUAUUUCAUGACAAACCAGUUGCAAUAUCCCCCAGCAUGAUUUUUGAGCUGUCUUACUUUGAUAUCUGUUGUGUAAUGUUUGUAUAAUCCUGAGCCAGAUCCUUUCAAAGAUUGCCUUUUUAUAAAAUUGAAGCUAAAGCUUUCAGGCUAAAAUUUUAAUGUAGAUAUUUUUAUAAGAUAAUUUUUUAGGAUAUUUGAAUUGAUUUUUUUUAUCCAUGAUGAUGAAGUGUUCUGUUCCAUAAGUCAUUCACUAUUAAAGUUCAUGCCUGUAGCUAUUUUCCCUUUGUUUCUCACUCUCCAAAACUGAUUUUUCAGUAGUUCCCCGGAGAAGAAUCUCAUUGACUUUGAGUUCUCUUAGACCAUAUUCAAGGGAGAGUGCUGGAAAACACAAUCACUGGUGUUUCUUGAAUUGCUUAGGGACUAACAUUUAGCCUGACCCAGCUAUUAGCCAUCUAGAUUGCCUGUCCACUUUUUUUGGAGUCCGCUCUCUCUGCAGGGGUGAGGCUGGUUGGCCCAUCUCCUCGUGCUGGUCACUGCCUGGCACUGGCACUAAGCUGGGCAUUUUGUGGCAUGGAGAAGCUCCAGAGAAAGGCCUGCUCUCCAGUACAUACUCCCGGGGGUUUCCUAGGCCCAGCAAACCAGUCCUCAUUCUUUUCGAUCUCCUCUUUCUUCUGAAGCUUCCACCAGCUAAAGACUUUUGUUGCUGGAUGAUGUCCCGUUUGGAAGUAACUUGUCUGUGAACUUUAAAAGAGGGGUCACUCUUCAUGAACCCUACGAAUAUGUUAAGCAUGUACUUUACAGAUACUCACACUACACCUAAAACUUACUUGUUUCUUGAGCUGUGUCUGUACUCCAGGCUCUAUUUUGUGUAUUUAUCUGCCAUUAGUCUCACUAAAAAAAAUCUUUAUUUUUAUUAUUAUUGGGACAGGUGCCAUUUGAAUUGCCUCCAUGCUCCCCAUUUGCACCUUGUUGGAUCAGGUUGGGUGGUUGAGCAAACUCAUAUUCCAAGCUGGAGUUUUUAAGGCUUUGUUCACCUGGAGAAGCAAGGAGGUUGGAAUGUUUUUUUUUUUUAAGUGUUUGCACUAUUUAGAGUCCUAAGCCCCUCAUGUUCAUCUGUGCUGUGUGUGCUGUGUGACCAAGCAGGUGAGCCGGCAGCACUUUGUACAUUUGGGAAUGGAAGAGACUUCUUCCAUAGUGGAUAAUCACAACCUCAGCAGUCCCUGCACAGCCUUUGUCACAGGGCUGAGUGACGUGUGGGUGUGACAUUAACCCAGGCAGGAAUGCAUGUGACUCUGGCAUUUGAAGAAACAAAUUGCCCUAGUACUAUGUUCUUGCCUCUGCUUGAGAUUGAAAAUUAUCUCCCCCUUUUUCAGUGGCAAUAAAGGACCCUUGCUGGACUUCUUGUUUAAUUUGUAUAUGAUGUAUGAAAUACUUUGAAAGAAGACUCAAGACACUGAAUGUGUAUGUCUGUGUGGGUGCUCUGCCAAUGUGGUUGUCUAUAGGCAGGCAGACUUGGUGACUGACACCCUGUUAAUACAUUGCAUCAGUAGGGUCCUUACUCUGGUAUUCUCUGCUUAGAUGUUAGAGACCAUAUAUCUUGUAAAAGAACGCUUGUCAUAUGCUCCAUUGGUUACACCGAUAGCUGAAGAAACCGUUACUGAAAUGUAUUAUUUUAACAGGAAUCAAGUUCUAGUUUCCCAUACUUCAUGUGACUUUAAUUUUAAUAAAAGCUGA